UUUCAGCUUAAAAACCAGGAAAGUUAAAAAUUCAUGUAAACAAUCAUUUCUGAUCUGCAAAUCUUUUGUCAGAUUUCAUGAGCAAAAAAUAGGAAGAAUUUUUAAAACAUGCCUUGAAUGCACUUUUAAAUUAUUAUUUUUCUCUUCAAAACCUGUACGAUGAUAUGUAAUUUUUGGAAGGUUAGUAUCAAUGGAACAAAAUAACGAAUUAGAAAAAUUAAAAGUUGAAAUUAAAACAUGGGAGCAAGAUUUUUUAAAAAGAAACUUAAGAAAGCCUGGCAAAGACGAUAUUAAAAAUGCCUCUAAAAAUAUAAAAGAUGCAUACCGAAAUUAUUGGAAAUUACGAAAUGAGAAAUCUGAAGCCAUUCAACUUUUAAAGGAUGAUGUAUGGAGUUACAAGUUAAAUAAGUCUAAGUUAAAGACAUCCAGAGUGAAAGCUUCUGACUCUGCAACGAAUAAAAUCUGUGAUAAGAUAAGAAGAAAGUCUUCUACACUAAAUUUUAAAGCAGUUUCUUCUGUUCAUCAAAAAAAAGAAAUUUCACAAAAUGGGAACCAUAUAGAUUUAAACAAUGCUGAUCCAUUAGAUGAAAAAGGUAGUUCUGAAUUAACCGAAAUUAAUUCUGACCUGGAAUAUAAAGCAGACAGUGUGACUAAGAAGAAUUUAAUGAUUUGUUAUGAUGCACCUAAACAAGUCAAAAGUAUUAAUAUAUUGUCACCUGCUAUUAAUUUAAAUAGUUCUAAAAGAACUUUGCAUUUUAAUCAAGAAAUUGAUAGAGAAUGGUUCGAAAGGUGUCUGAACAAUUCAAAUAAAGUACUUUCUCAAGAAAAUAGUUCUGGGGAGGAAGAGGAAAAAAUUUUAUCUGUUUUCAGAAACAUAAGUACUGAUGUUCCAUUGCAUGUUGAAAAAAAUGAAAUGUGUACCUAUUCUGAAUGCAAAGCUCCAAAAGAUGAGAUUUCUAAUAGCCAAAAUAAUGAGUCAGCUCCCUGUAGUGAGAAAGAGAAGCAGACAGAUUUUGCUACUUCAGAUGAUGUCAUAUCAUGCAGUUUUAUCAGAUCUAAAGAAAUGGAUUUGAAGAUUGAAAAUAAUGUAAACAAUGGGCAAAAUUGUAUGCCACGUAAUGAAAAUGGAAUUUUAGAUGAUCUUUCACAAACUUUAAAUAAUGGUCAUAAUAAGGAUUGUGGAAAAGACAUUAAAAUAAAAAUUUCCAAGAAAAGAAAAUUAAAGAAAGAACACUCUGAGGAUUUCCCUGUGCUUAAAAAGUCAAAACAAACUGCUCAUUUAGAAAAAAAAAUGUCUUCUGGAACAGUGAAUGAAAAUUUUGUAAGACUGAAUAUCAAGAAAAAAAAAUUUUCUCGUGGUCAUCAUUCUGUUAACAUCAAAAAAUUAAAAUGGAAAAAGUGGAAACAAAUGAAAAAAGACUUGGGAAGUUCUGAAAGUUUUUCACAGGCACAUGGUGAUUGUUUCAAGUGUGGGCAGUCAGGUCACUGGGCUAGACAGUGUCCUUCAAAUAAAUCAUCAGUAGAAACUGUGUUUGAAGAAGAGGAUAUUGACGUUCCACUUCCCACUCUACAAGAAGCUGCUGCUCUCGCAAAAGGAAUAAAGCCUGACACAUUUGGAUCAAAAACUAUAAAAAUAUUCGAAACUUCUGUUUUGCAGACUCCGUCUACAUCUGAUGGAUGUAAUCUAGUCACAGAUGAAAUUAAGAAUGCUUUUCCUGCAAAUAUUGAAAAUUCAGAUCCACUGAAUUGUGAAAGUGUUGAUAUUUGUGGUAAAACAGUUAAGCCUUUGUAUGACACAACUAAUGACGGAAAGAUUAUAGACACUCCAGAAGAAGUUUUUGAAGUUUUAUAUGAAAUGGGAUAUGAGGAAUUUCGACAAGGUCAAGAAACUGCAGUUAUGCGAGUUCUUAGUGGUUUAUCAACUUUGGUAGUGUUGCCAACAGGUUCAGGAAAAUCAUUAUGUUACCAAUUGCCUGCAUAUAUGUAUGCUAAACAUUACAAGUGUCUGUCUCUCGUUAUCUCACCCUUAGUUUCUCUCAUGGAAGAUCAGGUUGCAGGAUUACCACAAUGUUUACAUGCAGUGUGUAUUCACAGUGGGAUGUCAGAAACUCAGAAAGCUAAAUCUAUGCAGGAUAUAAAAGAUGGCCUGGCUCAUAUAUUGUUAAUAUCACCUGAAGCAGUUCUAAGUAGUUUUCAACAUUCAGGAUCAUUUUUAUCUUCAAAUUUGCCACCAAUUUCAUUUGCCUGUAUAGAUGAAGUCCACUGUUUAUCACAAUGGUCUCAUAAUUUUAGACCAUCUUAUUUGCAACUUUAUAAGGUUUUAACUCAAAACAUCGGAGUUAAAUGCAUCUUGGGUUUGACUGCCACUGCUACUCAUUCUGCUAUUGAGGACAUAAUUUCUCAAUUAGAUCUAAAAUGUGCUGAUGAUUCAGUUGUUGGAUAUAGCAAUGUUCCUUUUAAUCUUCAUUUAUCUGUUUCUAGGGAUAAAGAUAAAGAUAAGGCAUUGUUACAACUUCUAAAUGGUGAUCGCUUUCACAAAUGCUCAUCUAUAAUCAUUUAUUGCAUUCGACGUGUCGAAACAGAACGCUUGGCAGCAUUAAUACGAACUUGUAUGCAGGAUGACUUGCUUCCUGAAGGAGAACAGGCCAUAAUGUCAAAAGCAAAGAAAAAGAAAAGAUGUUUCCGAUGGACAGCAGAAGCAUAUCAUGCUGGGUUACCACCACAAAGAAGACGUUCUAUUCAAAAGCAAUUUAUGUCUGGUAAAUUAAGAGUUGUUGUCGCUACAGUUGCUUUUGGUAUGGGCCUGGAUAAGAGAGAUGUACGAGCAGUUAUACAUUACAACAUGCCCAAAAGCUAUGAAAGUUAUGUUCAGGAAAUUGGACGAGCUGGAAGGGAUGGUUUGGAUUCACAGUGUCAUUUAUUUUUGGAUUCUGAAGGUAAUGAUCUGUUUGAACAACAAAGGCAUAUAUAUUCAAACAGCACUGAUCGCAAUGUUAUAAGAAAAUUACUAAGAAAAGUCUUUGUACCCUGCAAAUGUCAUUCUUUAAAUGAAGAAUUAAAUCGGAAUUCAGGUCAUGAACAUGAAGAAAGAGCAAAAAAAGCAUGUCCAAAGCAUGAAAUAGCCUUUUCCAUGAAUGACACCGUACAAGAACUAGAUAUGAAAGAAGAAAACAUAUCAACUUUACUCUGUUACUUAGAAUUGCAUCCAAAACAUUGGAUUGAAAUCCUACCUCCAACUUAUGCAACAUGUACAGUCCGUUGUUAUGGUGGUCCUAAACAAAUGCACAGUUUGGCUCUUAAAAACCCUGCAAUUGCUACUGCCUUUGCUUUAGAUAAACAAUCUGGUAAAAACUGGGACAAAACAUCACAGUAUCAAUUUUCUGUAGUUAAAGUCGCGUCAUUCAUGGGGUGGAAUGCUGCAUCUUUGAAAAGAGAACUUAAACAUCUUGAAUGGAAUGAUCAGAAGCAUAAAACAGGAGUUUUGGUGGAAUUUUCUGGCUUAGCAUUCCAUAUACGUGCACCAGGUAAUCUUACUGAAGAAGAACUGGAUUCCAUUUUAGACUUUUUAUAUCAGAAGGUUACAUACAGAGAAAAAAGGGAAAUGCACAAUCUGAAAUCUUUAUUUUCAUUAUUCGAAAAGUAUUCUGUUCCUCAUUAUUGGGCAUGUUGUGAGGAUCCAAAUGAUGAACACAGCAAAGGCAUCAAAGAAACAAUAAACAAAUACUUUGAAAGUAACCAAACUAAUGAGGAGCUAGAAUGUGUUGACAUGAAUUCAGAGGAAAUGAUCCCUGAGGUUGAAAUGUCAGAUGUUCGAGCUCAAAUAAGAGAUAUAAUAUGCACAAAUAAUGAUCAGAACUUCACUGGGCGAGCAAUAGCUCGCAUUUUCCAUGGAAUAAGUAGCCCGUGUUUCCCAUCUGAAGUCUGGGGAAAGGUUAGAAAAUUUUGGCGCUGCUUACUACGCGUCAAUUUUAACACCAUUUUGAAGGCAGCUAAUGAAGAAUUGAGAUAUCUCAAGUAAAUAUAGUGCAAAAUGGCAAAUAAGGCAUUUAAGAAAGAAGGAGAGGUUUAAAAGAUAUUGUUUUAUACGAGAAUGAGGAAGAUUUACUUUCAUUACACAUGCACUGCACAUACGAAUCUUUGGAUUCUCGAGGUUACUGGAAACCAAAGAUGCUGAAAAUUUGCUUUGUCUUUCUUAAAAACAAUCUGAUUGGAGCUGUGAAAAUUGGUUCUAUGCCAGAUGUCCAAAUGACUCUAAUGCCAAGAUUCGCCAAGAAAGUGAUCGCAUCCAACGUUGAUGUGAAAAUAGCGUUUUCGAAGAUCAUAGUAUGAAAUUGCAUGACUUUUCCAGAUUUUAACUAAAAUAUUUAAAUUCCAUGACUUUUCUCGGUUUUUCAGGUAGCGUGGCAAUCCUGAAUCAAUAUGAGAAGCCUCUCCCCCCCCCCAUAUUUCUGAAAUUGCUCUCAAACAAUUCAUCAAAAGCAUCAUUUAUGCACAUAAAUUCUCCACAUAAAUUCCAAAAGAUAUGAUUUAAGAUGAUGUCAAGCCAUACCGUUGUUUUAUUACGCCAUCUGGCUGACCUCACAUUAUUUUCACAGUUUGGAUGUGAACACUCGUUGUUGGGUUCUAUGAAAAUGUACUUGCGAUUCACAGAAAAAGUAAAUGUAACUAGCUUUUCCAAACCACUGCAUAGAUUGUUGAUCCUUCUUGCACAUGGUGGAUAACUUUCUGCAUAAGUAUACUAGCAUCUCUAUUUAAGAUUUAAACAAGAAAGCACUUAUCAUCUUCCCUGCAUAUUCUUCCAAAAAAUCCAUGAACAAAUUUUCAUCGAUUUCAACUAAUUUAUUGAAACUACCUAUUCGCCCAUUGAAUCCUUGCAUUAGAUGUAAGAAACACUUCCUGCAUGUAAUUGUUCAAAUCCAUUCCAAGAUUUUCUCACAUAUUAAGCUGUUGUCACAUCAUAUGAUGGACAUCAACUCCUCUGCCCAAGAAUGCAUAAAUCAAAUAGCAUUGAUUAUUCUGGAACCAUUGAAUGAAUUUCCAACACAGAGGCCCUUUUUCUUUUUGCAAUUUUUAACAUUGCAUCUCCAAAUGAUUUUGUUGUGAAUGUAUAGUUUUAUUCACAACAAACAACAGUUGUGACCAUUUUCACAUACUCAUUUCUCAGGUAAAAGACCUUUUCUUGAGAAAAGGGCUAUGGUAUCUACCUCUUUAUUUUAUAAAUUUCACAAAAAAAAGCAAGGAAUAGUUUUAAAAAAUCCAUGCAAAUUCAAACAUUUUAUCAAAAAUGAAACACACUGCUAAUAUAAGAAUACGUGGCGAGAUAUCUCGGUUGAUUAGCAAUUCAAUCUUGAGAGCCGUUAUAAUAAGGAAGUACCAAAAAAAUAUGCUUUAAUAUGCACAUAAAAUGUUUUGUAGGGUAGAGUGCAUGAGACAGUGUCAGUGCUUCCCAGAACUAUUAGAAGUGUGCGUGUCCCAGCAGCAGUUACCUUCAAAGAUGACAUUACAUAAUUUUUACAUUUCAAAUUAAACUUCCUCACAAAUAUGUUCCCUUAACUUAUCAUUAUAAGAAUAGAAUUAGCUAAUAUUUUACUGCAAGUCAACAUACACAAAGUUAUGUACAGCAAAAUAAGGAAUAUUUUUAAAAAAAUCCAUGCAAAUUCUAAAAUUUUAGCAAAAAUGAAACACUAUGCUAAUAUAAGAAUAGAUGGUAAGAUAUCUCGGUUUGAUUAGCGAUCUAAUCUUAGGAGCGACUAUAGUAAGGAAGUACCAAAAAAUGUGCUUUACUAUACAUAUUUUUUUGCAUAUUUUGUCAUUUACCUGACCAAUAAGUAUGCGAAAAUGGUCGCAACAUGAAACUACACAUUCACAACAAAAUUAUGUAGAAUGUUUACAAAACUUUAAUAGCACAUUAAAUGUCAAGAUUUUUAAGACCUAUAAAAUAUACUUUAAAUGCACAUUUUAACUAUAUGACUUAGGAAUAAAAUUAAUAGCUGAGCCUUUGUGAAAGCUAUUUAUUUUUGCAAUACUUACCUGAAAGAGAAUAUUUGACAAAGCAAUAAAACAUAUUAUUUUUGCACGUAUAGAAAAAUAGCACUACACUACACAUAGUUUAAAUAUAAUUAAAUAAAAUAAAUCGUUGGGUAUAUUUUAUAUAAAUUAAAGCAAAAGUUUUCAUCCAUUUGCAGUUAAAAGUUCCAGCUAAGAGGAAAUUGAUCUCUGUAUAAUAUAUUAUACAGACAUUCAUUUCAUACAAAUAGAAUAUAUGUAUGAAAUAUAAUAAACUAAAACUACUCAAUGUACGAAAAUUAUUUUAUUUCUUGUUACGAAAUUUAAUAAUGCUAUUCAAAAACAUAAAUAAAAAUAACAUACUGAUUCUAUCAAAAAAUUUUGUAAAAAAAAAAAAAAAAAUCUUCAAAACUUAGCUUUGCUUGUGAAUGCUUUAUGAAUGGAUGGACAGAUGCAUUACAAGAAAGGUCUCCCAACUUUCUGAAUCUGAUAAAAAUUACAAUAGGGUGGUCCGUGAGUGGAACAAAAAAAUGCAUGUAAUUUGUCAGAAACAUUUAAUAUGAUACAGAAUUUGAUACAAGUUAAAAAUAAUUUAAUAGUUAAUUUGUCGUUCACAUUGAUAAAAAAUUUAUGGAAGCUUUGGGAAUUUCUAAUAAAUCUGGUGGCAGUUGCAGCUUAGAAGACGAUGUUACCUUUAGAACAUUUCAAGAAUCCAUAAAAUUUCAGUUUAACAGAUACAGCUUCCUUGCCAUGGAACAAAUAUGCAGGGGAAAUUACAAGAUAAUUUUGAGGUAGCACAAAAACUGAUUUGCUGUGGUGCAGAUUUAAGAACAAUAUGAAGUUUUAUAAGCGUUACAAAGCAAGAAAAAGUGGUGAAAGAAUCACAAUAUUUAAAAACUGAAAAAGAAUACUUUUUACCAUUUUUACUGCACCAAGCUGUAAUUAUAGAAAACACAGACCUUAUGAAACUUUUCAUUUUCUUUUAGACAUCACACAUGCUGAAAGCCAACUGUCAUUGAGUAACUGUUUACAAUUAAGCGUUUCUUUCCAUUUGAAACCUGUUCUAUUAUUUUUAAAAUGAUGUAAAUAUAGGAUAAGGAUACUAUAUAAUAUGUGAACACAGAAUGUAAAUAUAGGAUAUAAAAAUAUUUUUGUGGCUUUUGGAAAAUCAAACUGUAAUUCUCAAACUUUCCUGAAUUCCUACAUGCGGCUCUUAUUGGCAUCACAUUUGGCCACCACUGCUAUAUAGGGAUCUUUCUGCACAAGGAAUUAUUAAUUUCAUUGUUAUGUAUUCUUGUGAAUAAAAUUAAAUGGAUAAUUAUUCUA